AACAUUCACAAUUAAUCUCAUAAUUUUACUGUCUUCAGAAAGCAAAAUAAAACAAGAAUGUGCAUUCCAUAAAUAUGUCGAAUAAUAUAAAAGUAUAAAAAGUUACCUGUUACCUAAAAUAUAUAUGUAUUUCAAUUAAAAAACUAAACUAAACAAAAAUGUUCAUAGUCUUUCUAGCGCCCCCCUGCGGCCCUCAGGUGUCUCCAGACCCCAGUUUGAAAGCCCCUGCACUCUUACAAUAACUCAUUACAUUGCACUGACACAGACACACGUGUUUUUUCUCCAUUUAAAUUUCUCAAAAAAUUGUCUGCCAGCUCAUCUGUUCCUAUUAUAUGGUCUGUUUUAUGUAGGCUAUAGUUUCUCUAUGACUAACUCUAUUUUAAGCUACUUCAGUUUAUAUGAUAUAGUAUUUUCAUUUUUUAAUCUAUAAAAUAAGGGCAGAUUUAGUUCAUUAAAUCUUUGAAAGUAGUUUUAGCCUCUUUUCUCCAGGGUGAAUGUUUCUCGGAGGCAGCAGGACAGUGAUGUACCGCCCAUGUGUGUAAAGUCCUGUAAGAGCGCAGCACAAUCAUAAAGAUACUUUUUUGGAGCCUUUACGCGGUGAGUGCGUGCUGAUGUUUAUGUGGUGUUUAUUGUAUAAAUUGACACAAGAACCUAGAUUAAGGUCUGAUAGAUGCAAAAUAACUUUCUUAACUUUAGUUUAUGCUAGUUGAACAGAGUUAGAGGGCAGAUGCAGGAUGGUAAUUGAACCGGAGCUGCGCUGUUGACAGUCGAUGAAUGGAGAGUCUUUUUUCCUGACCGUUUGCAGUGACCUGCUCGAAUAAUGCUGCCGCGCAAAAGCAUCAUUCCCGAAGAGUUCGCGUUCUCCCCGGCGCUCGUGUCGCCGAUUCACCGCAAGCCAGUGUUCAGGGACCGCGUGAACAAAGCGCGCUUCAUCGCCAAGAGCGGCGCAUGCAACUUGUCGCACAAGAACAUCCGCGAGCAGGGCAGAUUCCUGCAGGACGUGGUCACUACUUUGGUGGACCUCAAAUGGCGCUUCACCCUGGUGAUUUUCUCCAUGACGUUCCUGUGCAGCUGGCUGCUGUUCGCUAUGUUCUGGUGGCUGGUGGCCUUUGCGCACGGAGAUCUGAACCCUACCCGUAAACUUGGCGUGGAGCAGUGUGUCACUAAUGUCAACUCUUUCACUUCUGCCUUCCUCUUCUCCAUCGAGGUGCAGGUGACAAUAGGAUUUGGAGGCCGCAUGAUAACAGAGCAGUGUCCCACAGCCAUCACGGUGCUCAUAUUACAGAACAUCAUCGGCCUGAUAAUUAACGCUGUCAUGCUGGGCUGCAUCUUCAUGAAGACCGCCCAGUCCCACCGGCGCGCCGAGACCCUCAUCUUCAGCCGACAAGCCGUCAUCGCCGUGCGCAACAACCGCCUGUGCUUCAUGAUCCGGGUGGGUGAUCUGCGCAAAAGCAUGAUCAUCAACGCGGUUGUGCGCCUCCAAGUGGUCCGGAAGACCACUACGCCAGAGGGCGAAGUUAUACCCAUCCACCAGAUCGACGUCCAGACAGAAAGCGCAGUUGCCAGCAACAGCAUCUUCCUGUUGGCUCCUCUGAUCAUAUGUCACGUCAUCGAUAAGGACAGUCCUCUGUACGAUCUCUCGGCGAUGGAGCUGCAGUGUAGCGAUCUGGAAGUCAUCGUGAUCCUGGAAGGUGUGGUGGAGACCACAGGCAUCUCCACUCAGGCUCGCACCUCGUACGUGACCGAGGAGAUCCAGUGGGGCCACCGAUUCGUGCCUAUAGUGACCGAGGAAGAGGGUGUGUACUCGGUGGACUACUCAAAGUUCGGGAACACAGUCAAGGUGGCCACCCCACGCUGCAGCGCCCGCGAGCUGGACGAGAAGCCCUCCAUCCUCAUCCAAACACUCCAGAAGAGCGAGUUGUCACACCAGAACUCUUUGCGCAAGAGGAACUCCAUGCGCCGGAACAACUCUAUGCGCAAGAACAACUCCAUGCGGCGCAACAAUUCCGCCCUCGCCGUGCCCAAAGUGCAGUUCCUCACCCCUGAGGGUGGACCAAAUCUAGCAGUCACAUGACAAAUGGCCUGGUUAGCGAUUUUCACCUGUCUUUCUUUAAGUCCUUGUCUUUCUCUUGGUCCUUGUCAUGUUCUUUUCUAUGGUUUCCUCUAUUUUUUGAUCAUUCCUAUCCUUGGCAACUCUGGCCCUCCAGAUCGACUUUUCUGCAGAGUUUAGCUUCAAACCUUAUAAAAUACACCAGAACAAGCUACUUGGUGGACUACUCAACGUUUGUGAACACGGUUAAGUUGACCACCCCGCGCUGCAGUGCCAGUGAGCUGGAUGAGAAGCCCUCCAUCCUGAUCCAGACGCUCUAGAAGAGCGAGCUGUUGCACCAGAACUAUUUGCACAAGAGGACCUCCAUGCGCCGGAACAAUUCUGUGUGCAAGGGCAACUCUAUGCACCUCAACAAUUCCACUCUCGUCAUGCCCAAAGUGUGGUUCCUCAUCCCUGGGGGUGGACAAAAUCAAGCAGUUACAUGACAGAAUGCCUGGAUUAUGAUUUUCACCUGUCUUUCUUUAGGUCCAUUCUCAUCUGGGCAACUCUGGCCCUCGAGAUCCACUUUUCUGUAGAGUUUAGAUUCAACUCUAAUAAAAUACACCAGAACAAGUUAAUCAAGAUCUUUAGGAUUACUAGACCCUGUCCCAAAUGGUUUCCUGUAUGACUGUAAAUCCUCAAAUAAUAUGUAAUUCCAAAGAGCUUCACAAAGCAUAUUACAGAUCUUAUUGUGAGAAAUGCAUCUGUUUUGUUUUUAACUUUUUUUUCUUUUCUUUUUUUAAUUUUCACAUCAUAACUGAACCUUCCAGUAAAAAUAGAUAAAAAUAGUUAUGUAUGCAAGUCCCCGCUCUACUUUUUUUCCCUUUGAUAAUCCGUUACACUUGCAUUUACAUCACUAAAUGGAAAAAGUGAUCUGUCACUACACUUAAAAACAAAAAAGAUUCCAAAAGAGGGUUUUCACAGCGAUGACAUAAAAGAAGCAUUACUGGUUCCCAAAGAACUUUCUGGUGUGCAGUUGUUAAAAUAGACAAACAUUUUAAAGUAAAAAUUAAGGAUAUUUUAAACAUCUAAAGAACCUUUUUUUCUCUAUAAAAAGCCUUUUGUGGAAUGUAAAGUUUCUGUGGAUAUUAAAGGUUUUCAUGGAGCCAUCAAUGCCAAUAAAGAACCUUUAUUUUUAAGAAUACUUCAGUUUUAGCAUGACUUAUCACUGUAUAACUCUGUAUUUAAAUGCAAUGUACCGUAUGUAAUGUGUAUAUGGACAAUGACAAAAUGUUUCACAUUUAAUUAAACUUAAUCAACUUGUCUUGUCAUCAAUCAUUUUUUCAUUUGAUUUGUAAUAAACUGUAUUUGCUCAAUACAGCUUUGGGAUUUUUAUUUCAAUCAGCUCUAUAAAUG